CACAGCCACCCACCCUGCCCCCCCCCUCCCCCACUCUCUCUCAAUAUCGAGCACAGGCAACCAUAGAUAGAGAGGAAGGGAAGAGGAGUGUCUCCAGCCCACCCUGCCUAAACCCUUGCUAAUUCCUUGACAGAGUUGAAGCAGCAUGAAGAAGCAGCGGAUCCUCUUCUUCUUGAUCAUCCUCAUGGUGGCCCUUGCUGUUGAUGCUGAUGGUCCACAGGAGCUGCAGGUGCAGCAGCAGAGCAUCAGAUCCCUGCUCCAGUCUCCCCCGAAGAUAGACUGCCCGUCGAGUUGCGUGGUGCGUUGCGGCAACAACUGGAAGAACCAGAUGUGCAACAAGAUGUGCAAUGUCUGCUGCAACCGCUGCAGCUGCGUGCCGCCGGGCACCGGCCAGGAGACACGCCACCUCUGCCCCUGCUACGACACCAUGGUCAACCCGCACACCGGCAAGCUCAAGUGCCCGUAGCCUAGCAGCGCGUGCUAUCAUCUUCAUGUUCUAUCAGCAACUCCGAUCCCUCUGCUAUCUUCCACAGAUCCACUAAGCUCCCAGAGUCCUUUUUAAUUCUCAUGUCUGCUCAAGAUGAACCUUUAAUAGUAAGAGCACUAGAUUCAUUGGGGAAAAUAGUCUCUGUAAAGGUUCAACGUGUUCAGCUGGUUUUCUGCCAAAUAAAAGACAGGAUCUUGGUCAAUGCCA